AUGGUGCAUGCGGACGGAGCGAACGUAAACAACUCAGCAGAUCACCGGUGGGCGAUUCACAAGCACGCCCCGGGGGCUGACUACUACAACUGGACCGCUCGGUGCCUUAGCGCCGGCCAGGUGUACCAGCCUCACUUGUUGGACAUUGACACAAGGCACCCGGAGUCCUACUGCAGGCCAGGCCUUGAGGGACUUUGCCAACUCGGAGACUUCACUACGAGACACGGCACGUUGUCAGUGGCCGGCAAGAAGGCAGACUCUGCUCGUCUGACUCGGCGCCUGUUCACGGACAGCGUGAUCGCGUUGGCGGGCAAGUACGCCAUCAUGAGGAAGUCACUCGUCAUAUUCGACGAUCACGGGCCUCUUUUCAUCGCGAGAAAGUUUAUGUUUGUACAUUUUGAAAUGCAGGUGGCGUCUGUUCAAAUUCCUAUUUAA